CAAUGAUACAGAGAAAGAGAGAAGGGACUGUCAUGCAAUAUUGAAGAGAGAGCGCAAGAGAGAAAAAGGGUUGAAGUAGGGUGACCUCUCUGUUGUGCAUGCCAACGCACAUGUACACACAUGCACAUCAGGGCUUAGUUAUACCCCGCUAUCAUCAGAGUGCAUUUCUCAUUAGCCUUGCUGCUAGCUACCGGUGAUGCGCGUGUGCAUCCACCCAUGUAUACGUAUGCUCUCUUUUUCCUAUGUGCCUCUGUUUGCUAGCUGUUCGGUCAUACCCUGCGUAACGGCCUUUCUCAUUACUCUCUACGCAUCAGCUGCUAGGGGGAGACUUCAAUAGCAGGAAACCGGUGAAAGGUUCACAGCUGAUAAUCCCUUUCAUGUUUUGUUUUAUUAUACCCAGGAUCCAACAGUGGGCAAUUUUUGUUGUAUCCAGAGCUAGGGAGAUGCAUAUAUUCUAAUUUUAUGCAAUAUCGCCUGCCAUCAACCAUCUUCUGCCCUCGUAUACGCCGGUGUCUCUGUCUGUGUCUCUCCAUCGUGUGUGUAAAAGUCGGCUUUACCCAGAAGCAGUCUGACAAAAGGACAACAUCUCACAUACCCAAAGACUUGGAUAACUACAGUUUAGUGAUAAACCUUCCUCUGCCAUGUCCUAAUUGUUGCAAGGACUGUAUGAGCACUAGCUGACCAGCUACCAAUAUGGACAACGAGCUGCCCCGUCAGGAACUGGUCAAGUGCGUCGUGGUGGGCGACAGCGCAGUGGGCAAGACCAGGCUGAUCGUUGCCAGGGCAACCAACCAGGCAAUGACCAGAUCCCAGCUCUUCCAGACUCACAUUCCCUCUGUCUGGGCCAUCGACCAGUAUCGCAUGUGUCAAGAGGUGCUUGAGAAUUCCUGGGAGACGAUUGAUGGGGUCAGUGUAUCUCUACGUCUCUGGGAUACCUUUGGUGACCAUGAGAAGGACAGACAGUUUGCAUACGGCAGGGCGGACGUGGUGCUGCUCUGCUUCUCCAUCGCGGACGCCAUCUCGCUCAAGAACGUCAAGAAGAAAUGGCUGCCGGAGAUCCGUCACUUCUGCCCCCGGGCGCCCAUCAUCAUGUGCGGAUGCAAGAACGAUCUGCGUUACGCCGACCUAGAGGCCCUUAAGAAAGAGAGGGGGCCAGUGAGCCACCAAUGUUCCCGCCAUCGAGCCUUUGAUCCCGAGGGGAUUCUACCACCGAAGGAAGGCCGCAACAUCGCCAAAGAGUCCAACCUCGUCUACUAUGAGACCAGUUCCUACACUCUCUACGGAGUCCAGGAGGUUUUCGACAACGUGGUGAGGGCGGCGCUCAUCUACAGACGGCAGCAUAGGUUCUGGCAAUCCAAUCUGAAGAAGGUCCAGAAGCCACUCCUGCAAGCACCCUACUUACCAGGCUGCCCUCGAGGGCCUUGUAUCCAUAUCCCAGAGUCCACCUAUGCUACAGAUAUCAGCAUCUUACUCAAGGAACCCGCGUGUGCUGAUGUGAUCUUCACAGCUCAUGGGGAGUCCAUCUGUGCUCACAAGGUUUGCCUACUGGCUGCUUCACCAAUAUUCAGUGAAUUGUUCCUUGAUGAUGAAAAAGAUAUAGAACUGUCCAAACAGUCUUCAUCGUCUGGAAGCAAUUCAAGCAAUGAGAACCAGUCACAAGCCAAAGACAUCCUCCAACAACACCACCACCACACCGCCCAUCAGAGUCCUAGGUCAGAGUCCCCUAUGUGCUGUCACAGCCCCACACCAGACCGGUCCCAGUCACCAGACUGCAACCAUGAGAACAUUUGCCCCUCUCCUCCUUUGGGGCUGCACCCCAACUGUAACACCCUCCUGGCAGAGGACCAGUGUUUAAGCAUCUCGCCCAACGGGAACACGUGCCUGUUCUCCGGCUCGGCUCAGCACAAAAACUGCAGCAAGGCCGCGCCCACCACGAUGGGCUCGUCGUCACCGUUGCACCACCACCACCAACAGACCUCAACACCCACCAGGUUACGCUCAUCCUCCCCCUCCAUCAGGUCAUCACCGCUGCAGCAGAUCAACACGCCCACAGUGCCUGCCAACCUCCAAUGCCUUCCGACAAAGACUCUGAAGCAUCAGGCCUUUAACUCCAUCCACUUACAGCAGGUGACCGACAGCCUGGGCGGUCGGACCACCCAGAGGCACAUUGUUGUCCUGAACCCCAAGAUCACGGCCGAAGCGUUCAGGGCAGUUCUGGAAUUCCUCUACACAGGUUCCUUGGACAUCAAGGUGUACAGUAGCCUUAGCGAUAUCAUCACCGCGGCAUCUUUGUUGGACCUGUCGGACCUGGUGGCCUUUGUGGCCAAUGUAAAGAACCAGGAUGAGUUUCUCAAUGCGGACCUGGUGGACAACUUUCUGCACAGGAGAAAGGAGAGGUUUGCCAAACUCUUUGCCAACCAAGGCCUUCUGUCAGAUUUGGUGAUCAAUGUUGAGGAUGGUCAGGUGAAGAGUCACAAGUGUCUGGUGAUGGUGAGGUGUGAUCCAAUGUUAGCCAUGCUCAGCGGGAACUUCAAGGAGAGUUCAUCAGAGGUAUCGAUGAAGACCUUCAAGAAGGCGACCUUUGAGCUGUUCUUGGAGUAUCUCUACACGGACCAGUGCCACAUGGAGAGCAACUCCGACGCUUUGGCAGUCCUAGAGCUAGCCAACUUUCUAUGCUUGCCCCACCUGGUUGCCCUGUGUGAGAAGAGUGUUGUCCAUGAGCUCCAGUCCAGCAUGGAGACACAAGAUGUCCUUGACGAAGCCGUCGUCAGCGUCCUCCAGAUAGCUAAGCUUCACAAUGCCCACCAGCUCCAUAGCUGGUGCAUCCACUACAUGACCAUACGUUUCAUCGACGUCCAGAAGGGCCGACCAAAGCUCUUCAAGGAACUUGCUCCGGAGUACCGCAAGCAGAUAGAGCGCCAGCGCUGGCCACCCGCUUACUACUUGGACGAGGCGGCUUACUUUGAGAAGUGUUUGGCCGAGCUGAAGAAAGGCAACGACAUCCGGACCAAGAAACACAAGUGGUGUCUACGGUGAUUUCAACAAGCUCCUUGAUGGCUCCUUCCUCUAACCAAAGACUCUUCUUGGUCUCUCCCUCCGUUUGUUGCGGUGCCCUUUAACAUUGUUGCGGUGCCCUUACAUUGUUUUGCCACUCUUUUGAUUAGCAGGUAGCCCCCGUUGUUGUCAUAGAUGGAUGUGGUGCAGACAGGGCUGAAUGUAACCUGAAUGGAACGAGACCGUUACCUGUAGCAAAGACAUUGAUCUGCCUUUGCCGCUCAACGCCCUGGUGCAGGAAAUGGGUAGCUGAUACCCUUGAAAGUCUCAUCACGGCAACUCUGCUGUUAAAUCAGGGCUAAUAAUGAUUAUACAGAACCUCGUAUCUUUAGGACAAGUCCUGUUAACCUUUUAAGACUAAUGCACAAGAUAACCUUAGCUGGCAUCUUAAGGAAAUGCAGUUAAACCAAAACCAGUUUGGAUUGCAUCAGUUAAAAAUUUAAAAAAACAGGUACGAAGUGUUACUUAUACUGAUUAAGUGCUGGUAGUGUAAAAAAUGUGGAAUUUACAAAUAUCAUCUUCAAUCUUCGUAAUGCUAAAGGAUGUAAUUUUUGCCCAAACCAAAAGGAUAUUUGAAUAAGAAUUGAAUGAAAUUUUAAAAUCUCGCCCCAUUCAGGGAAAAAAAUGAUAAAAAUUACCAAAUGUAUUAUUCACCUAGGUUAUGAAGGUUUCAGAUUUCAUUGAAGACCUUGUACAUAUAUACAUGUAUGUAAAGGGCGUAAUUUUGAGUGUGUCCAUGCACUCAUACUUCUGAAAUGCAAGAAUUUGUGUCUUCUUAAAAUACAAGUUGAAGUUAAAUACACUGUAAGUGAUGGUGCUAGAGACUCGUAAGCUAGAGAAAGAUCUCUAUCGAUAUGUAAAAAUGCUAUUUGAUUAACAAAUAUAUAUUAUUUGCUGAAAUGAAUGUAUAAAGUAUUGAAUUGUCUGUGAGUUCACUCACUGUGACACAAGAAAAUGUAUGUAUAUACAAAGUAAUGUAUAACUGUAUCAUCGGAAAUGCUUGUAUUGAAUGUGCUUCUAAGCCAGCAAGGAAUUGUGCAUGUGCAGUAAAUAAUAAUGCUUAAUUUGGUGGCAAAAAUCAAUUCACUCUAUCACUUCUCACGUGAAGAAUGACACAUUUAGUUUUUAUUUGAUUAAUUUUGUUUAGAAUUUGGAUACAUAAAGACAGGCAUUAUGUAGAUCAAUGUUAUAGCUAUAUUGAAAGUAGAGUGGAUGCGUGCAAGGACCGAUGAUCACAUGUUGCCAAGGAGUCAAGUCAAGGUAACCUGCAGAAAAAAUCAACAACAAAAACAGAAGAACAUGGAGAAUUGAAAUCAAAAGUUGCAUCAAGGGUUGUCGUUAAAGAUGUUGUAAUCUUUGUAGGCUUCAAUGGUGAUGAUAGAUUUGAGCAAGGUACAUGUAUGUGGUUACAAAACAUAUUCUUUCAACAGAAUAGAAUGUCCAAAGAAUAACCGCACAUCUUGCUCCCUCCCCCCC